AUCGUUGUUCAAAGAGCUCCAAUCGCUUCCAUCUCUCAGCGCCCAAUAAUCUCAAUCCGACCGACCAACAAACCGGUCGCGUAUUUUCUCAUAGCUCUCCAGAAACGCUAGAAAAUUUCGCAGCGGAAGAAGCAAGCGUUUUUCUCUGCAACCAAACAGCCAGUGCUUCUUGAAUCAGCACUUUUGUGGUUAAAGACCCAAAAAACCAGAGAAAAAUGGCAAAUCCUGCACAACUUGUUCUUCUGGGUUCCACUUUCUGUAUGAUGGUCACAACGCAUUUCUCACUACAGCUUCUCUCAGAGCAUUUUUUCUGCUGGAAUAAACCAAAGGAGCAAAAGGCCAUCAUAAUCAUCAUACUUAUGGCCCCCUUAUAUGCCAUUGAUUCCUUUGUGGGCUUGUUGGAUUACCAGGGAAGCAAAGUUUCGUUCACGGUCUUGGAUUCGAUCAAGGAAUGCUACGAGGCUUUGGUAAUAGCCAAGUUUUUGGCUUUGCUGUACAGCUACUUGAACAUAUCCAUAAGUAAAAACAUCGUGCCAGAUGAAAUCAAAGGACGGGAGAUUCACCAUUCGUUUCCAAUGACUCUUUUUAUGCCUCGCACUGUUCGUCUGAACCAUCAUACUUUGAAGCUUCUCAAGUACUGGACAUGGCAAUUUGUUGUGAUUCGCCCUGUGUGCUCCAUCUUGAUGAUAACUCUUCAACUUCUUGGUGUAUAUCCCAGCUGGGUUAGCUGGACAUUCACUAUAAUUCUGAACAUUUCAGUGUCACUGGCUUUGUAUUCUCUUGUCGCCUUCUACCAUGUGUUUGCUAAAGAGCUGGCACCACACAAACCGCUCACUAAGUUCUUGUGCAUCAAAGGGAUUGUCUUCUUCUGCUUUUGGCAGGGGAUUGUCCUUGAUAUUCUCGCAGCGCUGAAAAUAAUCCGAUCUCAUCAUAUCUGGCUAGACGUGGAGCAUAUUGAGGAAGCUCUUCAAAACAUACUAGUGUGCGUGGAGAUGGUUUUCUUUUCAGUUGUUCAGAAGCAUGCAUACAGUGCCGAGCCAUACAGAGAUGCUGAAAUAUCGACUAAGGCAUAUGAUAGGAAGAAAGACUGAUCUCGGAGAUCAUGAGCGUGAGUGUGGUUUAGAAUCGUAUGUACUGAUAUUUCUUCAAUUCUGCACUGCAGUAGUUAUUUUACAAGGAACGACGGCAAACAUAUCUACCUUAUUCUAUGUGACGUUGAUCCAGAGA